AUGGAGCUAAUGCACAUCACGUAUGUGUCCGUUACUUUUUGUAAUAAAGUUAUAUGUACAAUGACAAUUGAACAGACUUCAACUCUACUUCUUGAUGAUGGGUAUGAUACCGCAUUAGUUAAUCCACAACAAGGUGAUGAUGAAAAUUUUAGUAAACUAUUUCAGUUGAUGAAUGUUUUAUCAUAUGGAACAAUAACUUUUUCUGAUAAUAAAUCCCAUCGAGCAGAUUUCAUUCGUAUAUCUAAUGGCGUACCUCCUACACAAGUUCACGAAUUCUUAACUCGAUACUGGUGUGAUGAACGUCCAUCACUUGUCAUAUCGAUAACUGGAGGUGCAAAAGAAUAUAAUAUGAAACCAAGAUUAUUAAGAGCAUUUCGACAUGGUCUUCUGAAAGUUGCUCGAACAACUGGUGCAUGGAUAGUUACUGGUGGUAUGAAUACAGGUAUAAUGAAACUUGUUGGUGAAAUUAUUCAAAUAAAUCCAGAUCGAUCUCGGCCAAUUCCUUUGAUUGGUAUUGCUACAUGGGGUUGUGUAUCUGGUCGUAAACAUCUGAAUGUGCGUGGUUCAAGUGUAUAUUAUGCUAAACCACGUAGUAAUACAAGAGGUGAAGCACCACUUGAACCAAAUCAUACAAAAUUUAUUUUUAUUGAUGAUGGAACUGAAAGAACAUAUGGUCGAGAAAUAGCAUUUCGUGCCCAACUUGAACAAGUUAUUUCUGGUGGAUUUUUUUCUUCAAAAACAAUGACAAGUUCUUCAAAUCAAUCUGAAAGUAUAUCUGGAACAUCAUUUUUACAAUCAGAAAAUUCGAAUCCAGUACCUGUUGUUCUUCUUGUUGUCGAAGGCGGUCCAAAUACAGUUCGAACAGUUCAUGAAGCUGUUGUUGAAAACAAUAUUCCAGCUGUUUUUCUCGAAGGAACAGGUCGUUGUUGUGAUUUAUUUGCUAAAGCAUUUCAUCUUUAUAAUGAAUAUCGAAGAAAUAUUGAACCUGAUGAUGAAACAUCAAUAAUUAUUGAUCCAGAUACUUUAGCAAAGCAUUAUAAUGAAUUAAAAAUAAGACUUCGUGAAGACCUUAAAGAUGAACUUCUUUCAAUUAAUGGUUCAGCCGAUACACAUGUUACAACGGAUCAUCAUGAACAUCGUACUGAUGAUAAGGAUAAUUUUGACUUAGUUUAUGAAUGUAUUCAUACUCGAAGAAAUUUUCUGAAUAUAAUUAGUCUUAGUUCACGUCAUUUAGUUGAACCCGAUAUUGAUUUAGCUAUUUUACAAGCUCUAUUAAAGGCUACCAGCGAUAAAAAGGGGUGUGAAACAACUAUUCAACGUAAACGUGAACAACUUCGUUUAGCAUUAGAAUGGAACCGGCUGACAAUUACCGAUAGUGUUAAUAUGGAUAUUGAUAGAGAACUUUUUCUUUGGUCGGUAAUAGAAGAUCGACAAGAUUUAGCAUUAUUGUUUUGGUCACGUGGCAAGAAUAAAAUUAGUGCUGCAUUAGUUGCAACAUUAAUAUAUAAACAUUAUGCUCAUACAAAACAUGAUAAAAAUUAUAUUCAAUCGGCUGAUAAAUUUGAAGAUUUAGCUGUACAAAUACUUGAAAAACUUUAUGAAGCAAAUUCACAAGCAUGUUUAAAAUCAAUUAUACGACAAAUUCCAUCUUAUGGCAAUGCAACAUGGUUAGAAUUAGCUGUUGAAGCUAAUGCUAAAGAAUUUAUUGCUCAUCGAGCUGUACAAGAUCUAUUUAAUGAUAUUUGGUUUGGAUAUAUUAAAGAAUCAGUAUCUGAUAUAAAAAUCUUUUUUUCUACAUUUAUGUUAUGGUAUAGUGGUUUUCUUCCUUAUAAUGAAAAUUUAGUUACAGAAGAUGAUAAUACAACAUUGAUUAAUUCAAGUAAUAAGUCAUAUUUUUUUGUAAAACAAACAUCAAAAGAACAGUGGAUAAGACAAAGGAAAUUAAGAAAAGUUUCUGAAUAUUUUCGCCACAUUAUUACAUUUAUACGUGCUCCAUAUGUUAAAUAUCUUUAUCAUUUAUACUCUCAUUUGAUUUUUUUAUUACUAUUCUCCUAUGUAAUUUUAUGUGAUUUUUUUCCACUCUAUGAUCUUCCAAUGAAUUCAUGUAUACCGUCUGGCAGUUUAGCAAAAAAAGGUUGUUGCAAUGAUGAAGAUAGUAAUCUAUCAGUUACAAGUUACACGUCGACUAUAAGUUUGUAUAAUAUUAGUAAAUCAGUUGCAUAUGGACUACAACCGCAUGAAAAUCCGUCUUUUACUGAAAUUACACUUGUCAUAUGGGUUAUUACAUUAGUUCAUGAAGAACUUCGACAGUUAGUUGCAAUACAAACACCAUCAGCACGAAACGCUAUUACAGUUUAUUUUAAAUCAUAUUGGAAUCAAUUAGAUGUUGUGGCUAUACUUCUUUUUUUCGUCGGUAUUACACUUCGAUAUGUUCCAAUAUCAGAAUGCUUUUGUGCAGCACGGAUUGUUUUGUCAUUUGAUUUAUCUAUUUGGUUUAUACGUACAUUAGAGAUGUUUACUGCUGUUAAACUACUUGGGCCUAAACUUGUUAUGAUUGGUGAAAUGGUAAUAUUUGGUGUUCAAGAAUUUACUUGGCAUUUACCACGUAAAAUUAUAAAUCUUGCUUAUUGGCAUAUAUUUGGUGAAAUAGAAGCUUUAGAAACAUUCGACGCAAAUGGUUAUGCAGCAUUUAUCUUAUUGCUUGGUUAUAUGACUAUUGUUAGUAUACUCUUAGUCAAUCUACUUAUUGCUAUGUUCAGUAAUACUUUCGAUCGUCUUCAAAGCAAUGCAGAUCGUAUUUGGAAAUUUCAACGAUAUUCAUUAGUUUGUGAAUAUUUAUCACGUCCAUCGUUGCCACCACCUUUCAUUUUCUUGUCUCAUUGUGGACGAUUAACUUUGUAUAUAUUAGCUAAAUGUUGUAAGUCAGAAUUCAUUCAAAAUAAAUAUCGACAACAUAUGAAUCGAACAAAAUAUAAACUAUCACUCGAUGACAAAAGUAUAACAAUAAUUGAAACAACUGAAGAUGCAUAUGGUGAUGAAGUUUAUUAUAAUUAUUUAAAACAGGAAAGAAAACUACUUGAUGAACCUGAUCUAGAUGAAGAACGAAUUCCAUCAUUACAGGAAAAUAUCUUAAAUAGAAUACGAAGACUUGAAAACCAUAUGCGACUAAUUAGUAAUCAACAAGCUAUUAUAUGCGAUUAUCUUGAACAUUUGAUGGGUGAUUCAAAAACUAACAAUGAUGAACGUAUCAAACAACCUGAACGACAUCUUUUAGAUCCUGAAUUAUCAUUUCAGGAAAUGAAUCAAAAUAUUAAUAAAGCACAACAAAGGUAUCGACGAGAAUCUUUGUUUGAUGAUGAUCGUGUUCAUUGA